CCUCUAAAACUAAGCCAACCUGUUGAGUGUCACAGUGGUGAAGGCAGGGUGUUGGCGCACUGUGUGGGGAAAAGUCGCUGGUUCUGAGUCAGAUAUCCGCCUGCUUGUGAGAAAUUUCCUCGUUUUUGUCGCUGCUAAAUACAACGUGUUAGAGGUAAACAGCCUCAAGCUUGAAGAUGUCAAAGAUCUGUGCUUUGGUGUUGAUGACACUUGUGUCCGUGGUGUUUGCAGAAGAACAGAACUUGGAAGAUGACCCCUUUACCUUUGACUACCACAGACUGCGUGUUGGAGGCCUGAUUCUAGCUGCUGUCCUCUGUCUCAUUGGCAUCACCAUCCUGCUCAGUGGCCACUGCAGGUGCAAGUUCAACCAGGACAAGAGGAGGACAGGAAGCAAUGCUCAGCAGAUGCUCUCUGACCAAGGUCGUUCCUGCGACUGCUAGAUGUAAACCAGAACACACACUGACUUCCCGAACCUGCAACCAACAGAUAACACGGAGGAGCAGCAGCGGGAUUUGAUACGUCCAAUGAGAGGCUUGUGUUUUAUUGUUAGAGAGCAACAAAAAGUAAUCUGUGUGUACCUGCUGGAAGGUGUGAUGCUUUCUGCCUGAUAACUGAGCUGCUCAUCUGCAUCCUGCACCUACACACACUCGGACCUACACACACUUUUUGUCACUUUCAUUUCAAUCACUUUUUGGUAUUUAGAAGUUGAAAAGACUUUGACAUGAAGAAACGGUCUUAUCCAACCUUUUGAAAAUUUCCUUCUAUAAGUGAGCGUGAAUGUUUUGUCAUUCAUUGUUGAUAUUUUGGUUGAUUGAGCUGAAAGUGACUUCUUACAACGGUAACACAAACCUAUUACCAAAAAACUCCUUAAGUGUCCACAUACUGUAUAUGUAUGCAUACAUACUGGUUGUGUCAAUGUCCCGCACUACUUGUGUCGUCUGUACUGUGUGUGUAAGGUAAACACUGAUGUAGAUAUUAGUCGCUUACUGUGACUAACCUAACCCACUGUCCAUGCCUUCAUGUCAAGUAGAUGAAAUCCACAUAGUCAUGAGUGUUUAGAGUGGUGUUGAUAAUUCAUGAUAAUCUUUUAAUUCCCAUGUUUAGCUUUAUGGAGGAAAGUAGUGGAUUGCACUGUUCAGAGAUACAGAAAGACUGUCAUGUUUCUAUAAAAGACUUAUUAAAACAA